UUACCAAAAGCCAUCGGCCGCACACAUCUAUCCUGGAUCCAGGCCAAGAGCAAGCAGCACUGUAGAAAUCCAGGCAGCAGGGUGGAAAGGAGACCGGGUCAUCAGCUGGGUGACACCAUGAGGGGAUUGCUGAGCAGCAGCUGGAGGAAGUUUGGACACGCUGGCCGGGGGACAUACGAGUGGCUAACCAGUGAACCAAGCCUGCCUCUUCUGGAAACCCAGCUGCAGGGCACCCAGAAGGCCAGCUCCGCCCAAGCCGACGUGGAGCCCUUCCUGUGCAUCCUCCUCCCCGCCACCGUCCUGCUCUUCCUGGCCUUUCUGCUGCUGUUCCUGUACCGCCGCUGCCAGGCCCCGCGGGCCCAGGGCCAGGUGUUCAGCAUCGACCUCCCCGAGCGCCCUCCUGCGGGAGCCGGGCCCGACUUCCUGCCCGGCUUGCCCUGGGGCAGCGAGCAGGAGAUCCCCUACUCGCCCCUGCGUCCAGGAGGGCCCCUCCUCUCCGUGUGCUUGCCGCCCUCCUACGAAGAGGCCACCAGGAAUCCUCCUGGGGAAGAGGCCCUGGACACGGACCUUCGGUGUUAAGAAGGGUCACCUGGACUGGAUGAGCAAAAGUAGAGGACCCAGAGGGAAGGGCAGCCAGACCCAAGAAGCUGCUGUUCAUAGUCACGCUCCUUAGGCUAAGGGGCAAGCUUGACAAGUGUCCAUCAGGUAACCUGCGUUCAAGUUCCUUAGGGAAAAGUUCCCCCAUAUGACUAAAGAUGACCAGGCUCCCCACAAAGUGCAGAACACCCGCCCCUGGGAUGGAAGUGGGGGGAGGAGUCCAAUCACUAGUGAGCACAGGCAAGGAAAAAGAAUACUGGACCAGCCAAGGAAAACUGCUUUUGCCACCAAAUACACCUUUUUAACCUGCAUCAGUUUUUCGGGAUCUCAUGGUGUCACUUCUGUGUGAAUGUUUCAGGAUGCAUAGAGAGUUCAAGAAGGAAUAAAAGACAUCUCUAGAGCUG